UGCGGACGGAAAAAGGGGGGCGUGGUCUCCUCGGCUGUCGCUCGCUCGCUCGCUCGCUCUGUGAGUGUCUGACUGAGAGAGAGUGUCGGUUUCGGAUGUAGUCGCCAUUUAGUGCGGCCAGUUCCCCCCGGGCUGGGAGAGGUGGCAGGACGCGGCCCAUCCUCCACUCUCCUCAGGCGCGGGAGGCAGGAGACGGAGAGGGCAGGCCCGGCACCUUUUAUUCAUCAUUUUUUCUCCCGACCCGCCUCUCAAGCCACUCGUUCUCUCGGAGCGUGAGGCGGGGGGACGGCCUCUUCCUCCUCGGAGGAAGAACGAGGGAGAGAGGAGGAGGCGGGGCGGCGGCGGCGGGAGUUCCCGCUUCGUGUGAGGCGAAGAACGAAGGAAAGGGAUUCGCCGUCGAGUGUGGUUGUGGUCGCGGCGGCGAGGGCGCGCCCGGGCCCUGAGCGAGCGGCUGACGGACGGACUGAGUGACUGAGGCAAGGAGAGCGAGCGAGCGCGCGCGCGCGCGCGGCCCCGUCAGGGAAGGGCCUGCCCCAGGCGCCUCGCACCCCACCCCACCGGCCCGGCGCCUGCCCGAGGCUCUCCUCGACCCCAGCAUCGCCACCUCGGCCUCCUCCCCGCCCCCAUCUCCUCCUCUCUCAUCUCCGCUGCUGCUCCAUGUCGGCCCCGCUGCUCGGCCCCCCGUUGCAGCAGGAUGGAUGCGGACACUGACCGGGGAGCCACCCGGCCAGCGCCCCAGCCCGCUCGACGCCCGCAGCAGCCUUCGCCGCCGCUGCCUCUCCUCCUCGCUGUGAGGAGCCUCGGGGAGCCUCCUCUGCAGCACCCGCCGCCGUCGCAGCCGCCGCCGCAGCUCUUCGGCGCGUUCCCCGCCGCGCAUUGACCUCCUCCUCCUCCGCCUUCUCCUCGGUCAGCUGCUGCAGGAGGAGCAACUGCUGCUGCUGUUGGUGCUGCUGCCGCCGUCACUCCCGCGCCUUCUCCUCCCUGCUGGUCCGCACCAUGUCGGGGGGCACUUCGGAGAACGGCGCGGCGGCCACCGCGAGCCCCCGCUUCCUGGCGCCGCCGCCACCGCUGCCCAAGAACGGCUCCAGCUCGGACAGCUCCGUGGGCGAGAAGCUGGGGGUAGCCGCUGCCGCCGCCGCCGCCUGCGCGGACCCCGAAGGCUCGGAAGGUGGCGGGGCCCGCAGCGAAGACUAUCGCCGGCGCCGCCACACCAUGGACAAGGACAGUCGCGGCGCGGCGGCCACCGAGCAUCGCUUUUUCCGCCGGAGCGUCAUUUGCGACUCCAACGCGACCGCCUUGGAGCUUCCGCGGCUGCAGUCCGCAGCGCCUCCCCCUGUGGCAGCCUCCCGAGGGAGCAUCCCGCCGGUGCUGGGCUCGCCUCCCGAGUCUGUCAUCCAGGCUGCAUGUGCCUCUGUCACCGCCAGUCAGGCUCCCACGUUGCUUUUGCAGCAGCAGCAGCCACCUCUGCCUCCACCCUCAGAGGGGCAGCCUGGUCAAGAGCCUCUGGUCGCAAAGGACGUUGCCCCGCUGCUGUCCAAAGAGGAAGGAUUGGAGGCGACCGCAGUGCCUCCGACUAGUACAGCGGGAAGCCUUGCCGCUUCUGCCCGGGAUCUGCAAGAAGAGCGGAGCCGGCAGCAGGAAGAUAUUGAGGAGCUGGAGACCAAGGCCGUGGCUUUCUCCCCAGAUGGUCGCUUCCUUAAGUUUGACAUUGAGAUUGGCAGAGGCUCCUUCAAGACUGUCUACAAGGGACUAGACACUGAGACUACAGUGGAGGUUGCUUGGUGUGAGCUGCAGGAUCGGAAACUGUCCAAAUCAGAACGGCAGCGGUUUAAGGAAGAAGCUGAAAUGUUGAAAGGGCUUCAACACCCAAAUAUUGUUAGGUUCUAUGAUUCUUGGGAAUCUACUGUGAAGGGAAAGAAGUGUAUUGUUCUGGUUACAGAACUUAUGACAUCUGGCACACUGAAAACAUACUUAAAAAGGUUUAAAGUGAUGAAAAUUAAAGUACUGCGAAGCUGGUGCCGGCAAAUAUUGAAAGGUUUGCAGUUCCUGCACACACGCACGCCUCCCAUUAUCCACCGUGACUUGAAGUGUGACAACAUCUUUAUCACUGGGCCCACAGGAUCAGUCAAGAUAGGAGACUUGGGUCUGGCGACUUUGAAGCGAGCUUCCUUUGCCAAGAGUGUGAUAGGUACCCCAGAGUUCAUGGCACCCGAGAUGUAUGAGGAGAAAUACGAUGAAUCCGUUGAUGUUUAUGCUUUUGGGAUGUGUAUGCUUGAGAUGGCUACAUCUGAAUAUCCUUAUUCUGAGUGCCAAAAUGCCGCCCAGAUCUACCGUCGAGUGACCAGUGGAGUCAAGCCAGCCAGCUUUGAUAAAGUAGCAAUUCCUGAAGUAAAGGAAAUCAUUGAAGGAUGCAUCCGUCAAAACAAAGAUGAAAGAUAUGCUAUCAAAGACCUUUUGAAUCAUGCAUUCUUCCAGGAAGAGACUGGUGUGCGGGUAGAGCUAGCAGAAGAAGAUGAUGGAGAGAAAAUUGCUAUCAAGCUCUGGUUACGAAUUGAAGACAUUAAAAAACUGAAGGGCAAAUACAAGGAUAAUGAAGCCAUAGAAUUUUCUUUUGACUUGGAGAGAGAUGUCCCAGAGGAUGUGGCACAGGAAAUGGUUGAGUCUGGUUAUGUCUGUGAAGGAGAUCACAAGACAAUGGCAAAAGCCAUAAAGGACAGAGUGUCCCUGAUCAAGCGAAAGAGGGAACAGCGGCAGUUGGUGAGAGAAGAGCAAGAGAAAAGAAAGCAGCAAGAAGAAGUCAGCCAGAAGCAGCAGGCUGAGCAGCAGUUACAAGCAGGUGCUGUGCAGCAAGGAACAAAACAUGCCACACCUGCCACUGGCACCGCUGCCAUCCCCACUACUUCAGCUUCGGUAUCUACCCAGGUAGAGCCUGAAGAACCAGAGGCUGAUCAGCAUCAACAGCUGCAAUACCAGCAACCCAGCAUUUCAGUCUUGUCUGAUGGCACGAUAGACAGUGGUCAAGGAUCAUCUCUCUUUACUGAAUCAUGUGUGAGUAGCCAACAGACUGCUUCCUAUGGUUCCCAGCAUGAACAGUCUAUCCCAACAGCUCCAGGAUAUGUAGUUCCUGUUGGCCAACCACAAUCACAACAGCCUGGAGGAUACCAAACUUCUGCAGUGCCUCGACGUGGCUGUAGCAUGUCAGUUUGUGCUUCCCCUCUUUCUUUCCCUUAUCUCUCCCAAAUUCCCCUCAGUGCUCCUUCCACUCCACCGCCAGCAUUGUCUGCACCUCUUUCUCCUUCCUACCUUCGGACUGCCCCUGAGGAAACCUUUGGUGAAAAGCUUUCCAAAGCUCUGGAGAGUGUCCUGCCCAUGCAUACCGCCUCUCCACGCAAGCACCGACGCUCCAGUCUGCCUUCCCUCUUUCUCAACCCUCCUCAGUCCAUGGUGCAUCCGUGUGGGGGAACCCCAACGUUCCCAGAUUCCCAGAUAUUCUUUUCAACCGUUCAUGAACGGCCAGUGUCUUUCUCACCACCACCCAUUGGCCCUUCGAGGGUGGCCAUUUCUCAACGGCGCAAGAGCACUUCCGUCCUUGAAGCCCAAACCUGCCACUUCCAGCCCUUACUCAAGACUGGUCAGAGUUUGCUCCUCCCUGCUGGUAGUCCAACAACUUGGACACCGGAGGCACUGGUGACAAUGAACACCACAGCUCAGAAAUCCACAGGAGAGCAUAUGCAGGCCAACCCUGUGUUUGAGUCGCCUCAAGUGUUUGGGGAUUACAGACCUGGACAAGCACCUUCAGAGGAUGCUAAACACAUGCUGACUCAAGAAACAAUGUAUUUAAUGGGCAUACAGUACCAGCCCCAGUUGCCAGAACACUAUGAGACGGUAUCCCAUAAUUCCUGUGGGAUUGAGCAACACUUGCAGCAGGCUCCUGAACAGAGGAAUGCGCAAGGUGUCCUGCUUCAGAGUUCUGCUUUUGAGUAUCAAACAGGGCAGACUUUUUUAGCAAGACAAAUUCAGAACCUGAGGCUGGAUUCUGGAAUGAAUCCUCUGCUGCCACUAUCUAGCAUGUCAGCCCCAUUGAGUGCGGAUCCCACACAGAUGAAUUUUCACCCAGUCUUUGUUCCACACUCUGCACCUGCUGUGCUCACCCACAGUGGGGAUGGCCGAACAAGUUGCGUGUUUGAGUUUCAUGUUCAACCAUCGAAUAUGGCUCCAGGAGAAGGUGCAGUCAUACCCCAGCGUGUAUAUAGAAAUCGCCGAGGCUCCACAGAUUUUAAUCAGGAGGAGUCUCCUCAAGCGACUGUACAGCCGGGUCGCCUUCAGCCUGUGACAGAGGAGCUCUGUAACUAUCUGGGUCCUGAGUUCAUGGUGCCUAGAGGCAGUUCUGUUCUACAGAGCUGGCCAGAAGGUAGCCCGGGAUACUCCAGUGACUCCUCACAGUUGACUUCCUCAGACACUGGUGACUUUCUGUCUCCCCCUCCCAGUGGGAUAUCUGCAUCAUAUGGUUCGGACCUGUCUCUGCCUGCUGUCCAGCUGGCUCAGAAAGUAUUUCAAGAUUCACAGAUCUUCGUUCACUUCCCGCAGGGAACAUCAUCUCAACAGGCUAUCUCUGCACUGGUUUCAUCAGGAUCAUCUACACUCUAUCCUCAGACACAGAUGCAAGGACAACCUGCCUCAAGUGGUUCAUCAGUGAGCACAUCAUCCCAGCUUAUGCAGCAGGGCCAACAGAGUACCCAACAGCCAGCCUCUUCCCAGCAGACUGGGCUAUACCAAAUUCAGCAGUCAUCCAUUUCCAGUGGAGUUCCCCCAUCGCAGCCGAGUACACAGCAAGCACAAGUAAUGCCUGUGCCUCAGGUAGCAGCUGGGACACAGCUUCCUGUUUCCCAAGCAAUGCCGAUCAUCCAAGGUGAACCACAGUUACCUAUUGCAGCGCCUUCCCUUCCUCAGCCUUCAGUUGCUCCAGUCAUGCCCUUGGGCUCUCAUUUUCUCCCUAUGGGGCAACCCUUACAAGCUCCCCUUCUCCCACAGUUCUCAGUCUCUCAGCUGCCCAUAGCAGCACCUCAUGUGUCAGUGGCUCAGCCUGGCUUCCCAUCUCUACCCAUCUCUAUGGCAGCCAGCAUUAACCAGCCUUUGCUCACUCUGCCCACAUCUACUGCAGCAGCUGCUAUUCCUGUGGGCUCAACAGGUGUCCCUACCCAGCUUCCGACUCUCCUGCAGCCUGUGGCUCAGCUGUCAAACCAGGUUCUCCCACAGCUUCUGCAGCCAGCUGUUCAGUCCAUGGGAUUGCCAGCAGCUCUUGGACAAACUGCUGAAGUGCCAUUUCCAGCUACAGAUGCUUUGUACCAGGGUUUCCCUCCUCGACUACCAGCACAAUAUACUGGGGAUAUUGCUUCCUCCUCUGUGGCCUCUGCUUGUCUCCCUUCUGCAGUUCUUUCCCCUCCCUUACCCACAGAUGCUUUGGCUCAGCCAGGCUAUCUUGCUGCAGUGGUGCAACCUUAUGUGGAACAGAAUGUUUUAGUUCCUUUGGGAGGUCUAGGAGGACAGGUUCAAGUGCCACAGCCUGCUGCCUGUUUAGCACAGCAGGUCUCAACUGCAUCCUCACAGCAGACAGCACUAGAGAGUAUAUCUGGAGUAUCUCAGAUUGCACCUCCAGAGCCACAGCCACCAGUGCAGCAACAGCCUUCACAAUCUACCCCAUUGGUUUCCUCAAUAGACAGUGCACAUUCAGAUGUUGCUUCAGGAUUAAGUGACUGUAACGAGAAUGUUCCAGCAUCUAGUGGUAGACAUGAGGGAAGGACUACAAAACGGCAGCAUCGAAAGUCAGUACGCAGCCGCUCUCGCCAUGAGAAGACUACACGUCCAAAACUGAGAAUUCUCAAUGUUUCAAACAAAGGAGAUCGAGUUGUGGAAUGUCAGCUAGAGACGCAUAAUAGAAAAAUGGUUACUUUCAAAUUUGACUUGGAUGGUGACAACCCAGAGGAAAUAGCCUCUAUCAUGGUGCAAAAUGAGUUCAUCUUGGCUACAGAGAGAGAGUCAUUUGUGGAGCAGGUGCGAGACAUAAUAGAAAAAGCAGAUGAAAUGCUCAGCGAGGAUGCCAGUGGGGAACCGGAAGGUGAUCAAAGCUUGGACAGUAUACAGAACCAGAAAUUGGAUGGAGACUUCAAACAGCCAGAUGCUGUGUCUUCCUUGCCACAAAGAAUAGGUGUUCCUCCUAAUUCUCUGACUCAAGUUGUUCAUUCUGCUGGAAGAAGGUUCAUUGUCAGCCCUGUUCCAGAAAGUAGGUUACGGGAACAGAAAUUUUUCACUUCAAUUCCAUCAGAAAAUGAACUUCUUGAUGUAGUUGCUGUUUCUUCAUCUCAUGGCCCUGGGAUGAAUCUCUCUCACUCUGCAUCAUCACUCAGCCUGCAACAAGCAUUCUCAGAGCUUAAGCAUGCUCAGAUGGCGGAAGGACCUAGUACAGCUCCUCCCAUUUUUAACCAGGCUGUGCCACCUUUCCCCCCUGUCACUACUAGUGAGGGGCUGCCAUCAACAGCAACUCCUGCUCCUUCAGCGUCAUUUCCUUCUACCACUGGUGUUUCUGUACCAGCAACUCAGGCAGUUGGCACUCAGCCAAAAGAAGCUGCGACUGUGGGUCUUCCAUCGAGUGAAGACUUGUCAGGCUCCAGCUCUCCAUCACCGGUGCAGCAGUCGGGAUCACAGUUAGCUAGUGGAGUAGUUUCCAGCAUCAGUGCUCCUUCUUUUUCAUCAACGGCUGCAUCCCAGGCUGCUUCUGUCAUUGGAGAAGUUGUUCCUAGUAUUAGUACCCCUGCUUCUCUAACAUUGCCACAGACUGGAGCAACAGGGUCUGGUGUUACGGUAUCAGGAACUGUGGCACCAUCUGUACCAUCUCAGCAGGUUGGUGGUGGCAGUGCUGUUCCUGUGGUGUCUCAAGCAUCUGUUCCUGUCUCCUUGGCACAAAGCAUGGUUUCACAGUCUUCUCAGUUGAAUACCAGUAGCUCUGUCCCCAGUCUGGCAGAAAUGGUAGUUGUAAGUGUGCUACAGCCAAGAUCGGAGAGUGAUCAGUCAGCAGAAAAGCCACAACUGGGCAGUACAAGCGGCAUGCCUUUGCCUGUUUCUGUACCUUUACCCUCUGUGGUAGCAUCAAGUAUGUCUAGCUCCACCUCUCAGCCAUCUGUGGUACAGCCACUGCCUAUUCCUCCAGUAGUUACCUCAACUAUCCUACCCCCAGCAGCAGGUGCAAAUUCUACCCCAGUAUUACCCCAGAUUCCUUUACCUGGUGUCUUGCCACUGACACAACCAGUAGCUAAUGUGCCUGCAGUCCAGCAGACUUUAAUACAUGGUCAACCUCAGCCCGCUCCACUACCCAAUCAACCUCAUGCCCACUGUCUGGAAGCAGAUGUUGACACUCAGCCAAAAGCACCUGGCAUAGAUGACAUAAAAACCCUGGAAGAAAAACUGCGUUCUCUCUUCAGUGAACAUGGUGCCAUUGGUGCAGGUCACCCAUCUGCAUCCCUGGAGACAUCCCUCAUAGUGGAGACUACAGUAAUACCUGGCCUGCCAACUACUGCUGUUGCACCCACAAAACCUGUAGCACCUGUUGCAGGCACCAGCAUACCACCAGCCAGCUUGUUGCUUGGCUCAGCAGGCUUACCUGUCAUGACACCGAUUGUCACACCUGGCCAAGCAGUCACCCCAGUCAGCUGUGUCCCGACAGCAAGCGGCACUACACCAGGAACAGCUAAAGCAGGGACCCCUCCAUCAAAGCCGCCUCUUAGUAGAGCACCGGGGCUACCAGUAGGUUCUGAACUUCCAGCUGGCACUCCAUCCAGUGAGCAGCUGCCACCCUUUCCGGGACCUUCACUAACUCAGUCCCAACAACCUCUAGAAGACCUGGAUGCUCAGCUGAGAAGAGCUCUUAGUCCAGAAACUGUUCCAACAUCAUCCGCUCCUACCUGUCUUCAGCCACUUGUGGCUCCCACAACAUCUACUGGAGUGGUAUCUACAACUGAACAGCCCACAUAUACUGAUUCUCAGGAAGCAGAGAACUGUGCCACGACUACAUCUUCAGGGGUUGCAGUUCUUAAGAUGGGUCGUUUUCAGGUGUCAGUGGCAAUGGAUGAACAGAAAGAGAGUGGAAGUAAGCCCAAGCACUUUGACACAACCACCUCAGAUUCCUCAUCUUUGUCUAGCAGCAGCCCAGAGAGUACUCUGGUGAAGCCAACUUCCAGUGGGACAACUGAGGCCAUUGCUGUUACCUCAGAUGUGGUGGAUGGAGUGUUUUCACAAGCUUCCACCAUACAGUUUCAGCCAACUAAGGUUGGGCGUUUCCAGGUGACAACAACAACAACAGACCAAGUGGGUCGUUUUUCUGUGUCUAGAACUCAAGAUGAGGUGACUUGUGUGGAGACAGAGACCCCUGCUAUAGUUCCUCUGUCCAUGGAAUCAGAGCAAGUUCCUUCUCCACUUGCAACUCCUAAAUCAGAGUUUGCCGAGAGAAGGCCUUCUCUGCAUCUGAAUGGGCCAUCAUCUGAGCUAGAGGCUGCCUUUCUAAGUGGGGGAGCUAAGGAGAUGGAUGAUGGUUCAGGGAGUCCAGACUCACUCCAUCCACCUGGGUCAAAGAUCAGUCUUCCGGUCCAGAGCCUUAGCAACUCAUUCAACUCUUCCUACAUGAGCAGUGAUAAUGAGUCAGACAUAGAAGAUGAAGACUUGAAGUGCGAACUGCGUCGAUUACGGGAAAAGCACCUUAAAGAGAUCCAAGAGCUUCAAAGUCGUCAAAAGCAGGAGAUUGAACUACUUUACACAAAACUGGGAAAGGUACCUCCAGCAGUAAUCAUCCCUCCAGCUGCUCCUCUCUCAGGGAGGCGGAGAAGACCUACUAAAGGAAAAAGCAGCAAAUCCAGCCGUAGCAGUUCCCAGGGUAGUAAGAGUCCUCAAAUUUUGGGCAAUCUGUCUGCUCAGAGUGCACCUUCAGUCUUACCACAACAGACCCUCCAUCCUCCUGGCAGUGUUCCCGAGACGGGACAGAAUCAUCUGUUACAUCCCCUUAAACCAUCUCCUUCUAGUGAGAACCUCUACUCUGCCUUUACUAGCGAUGGUGCCAUUUCCAUACCAAGCCUUUCUGCGCCAGGCCAAGGCUGUGUGAAGUUUAACUGUGCAUCUGAGCGGGUGACAUUCAAGCCUGGUGGCAGGAGGACCCGAUUUCUGAGUACGCCCUGCUUGGCUCUUUGGAAGAUGGUGAAAAAAGUCUGUCCUUGCAACCAACUCUGUAGGACCAGCAGUACAAACACUGUUGGGAGUACAGUGAACAACCAGGCGCCUCAGUCUCAGCCUCCUGCCUCUAGCCGGAAAGGGACCUUUACAGAUGACCUUCAUAAGCUAGUAGACAACUGGGCUCGUGAUGCCAUGAACCUCUCGGGAAAGAAAGGAGGCAAGGGGCAUGGGAAUUAUGAGGGUCCAGGAAUGGCAAGGAAGUUCUCUGCACCAAGCCAGCUCUGCAUCUCGAUGACAUCCUCUCUUGGUGCUACACCCAUCUCUGCAGCGUCAGCUACCUCCCUAGGUCACUUCACAAAGGCCAUGUGCCCCCCUCAGCCGUACGGUUACCCAACAGUGCCCUUUGUAGCUCCCUGGAGUGGGACAAGUGGUCCAGCACAGCAGCCUUUAGGCCAAUUCCAACCUGUAGGAGCUGCCUCUUUGCAAAGCUUCAACAUCAGCAACUUGCAGAAAUCUAUCAGCAACCCUCCUGGCUCUAAUCUGCGGACCACUUAAUGAGAUCCAGACAUGCUGCUGGGUAGACAUUGGGGAUGGGUGGAAGAUGAGGCCUUGAAUCAACUACUAGGCUGCAAUGAACUGGCUAUUAGUGCCCAGCGGGGAAUUGUGGUUUCCCCUCUAACCAUUGCUCUCUGCUCUCAGUAAGAAAAGCCCCCCAUUCUGAAGAUGGGGAGAAGGGUGAUCAGGAUCUUCCAUGAUGGGACAUACUUCCUCUUGUUCUUGUGUGUGGCCAAGUGUGUAAAGAUGGAAGUCACCAAACCAGCCAAUGGCCUCUCGCUGUAAACUUCCUUUGACUUAAGAAGCUGAAUCCACAUGGGCUGAGAUGGAAGAGUUGCUGUUCAUUCUAGCAUGAAUCUUUAGUAUACCAGUUGUCUUGCUCUGAGGAAUUAAGAUGAGGGGGGAAGCUGUCCAUGUUUCCAUCUUGUCUCUCCCGCCCUUCAAGCCAUCACACUGAAGUUCCUGAGCUGAUGGACAACACAGCUGGACUUGCAGAACAGCCCAUGCUUUGAGAUAGGUCAUUACUGCUUUAAGUAAAAGAGAUUAACAGCUUUGACUGCAGCAUUAGAGCAAUUUAAAUUGUUUAGAAGAUAAAUUUUAAAAAGUUCCCUGCGGACAUGUACUUACCAUCAGUUUUGAUGUGGAAACACUGUGAUAUAUAAAUGUUGUUGGACAACAGUAGCUUAAAAAUGAGUGGAGUAUAGAGGGUUAAACAGUUAAAAAGGAAAAAAAAUGGGGGAAAGCUAGCUAUAUCCUGAUACUUAUUGGAGACACUUUAACUUUUUUCCUUUGUAUUUUCAUUGUAUUAGAUAAAUGUGAAUGUAUAAUUGUAUAAAUUUAAUGUACUUGAAUACUUGUCUGUUCUCCCAGUAUGCUUGCUGGAUAUUUUAGUGCCUUGGACUUUUAUUGCUUCUGCAGUUAGCAUCACCUUCCCAGCAGACUUUAGACAGGCAUAGGGAAUGAUGCGGGGAGAGGGGAGUCAUUUGGACAUGGUCACUGAAAAACCAAAGGGUUAACACAUUGGAUGUUUAUACUGUGUAAUAGUGUCUAGAGUAGGUGUUGGAGGGGGAGCUACUGCAGCUGUAUGUUGGAAGAGUAAAGUCAGAGUGGUGGGGAACCUUAUGUGGUGGGUGGUUGAUGCAGCAGCAGCGAGGGAUGGAUGUGGGGAUUCUGAAGUGAAAUGAAUAUUGUGACCAGAGUAAAAGCUGGGCUGGCUGAGAACAGAAGGAAGAGGGAGAAAGAGGUGCUUCUUGAAGAGUCACCUCCUGUGGGUGGUUUGACGUUUAAGCUCUAAUGUAGUAAAGUGUUUUGGUAAGGGCAGUGUAUGUGAAGGAGUUGGAGCGAUCACUCUGGGGAAUGGGUGGGAGGGGAGAGAGUCUGCUGGGAUUUGCUCCUCCCCACUUUUCAUUCAAUCCAUACAGGCCAGGAGUCGAGCUUCCUGGUGCAACAUCCAUUGCCAAGGAUGGAUACACUUGAAACAGCCAGCAUAAAAAACGACUUUUGUCUUUUAUGAUUGUGUUCCAUGUCUAAAGGACUUAAAACUGGUACCAGGACUGUAACUAACUGUGUUGCCUUCUAGUAGGUGUACUCUGUCUCCUACUUUCCACUCGCCUUUCUCUUUCCAACUUAAAAUACUGGUUCCCUGUUCAAAUGAAAUACUGCAACCAGCUAGUAUUAUUCUGUAUUGCUGCAGCAGGCUGUGAAGGGUCAAAGUACUCUUACUUCGUAUUUGGCAGCAUCGUUAUUGCUGGUCUGGAAGUCUGUAUAAUGAGAGGCUUUUCCUAAGGUUAGUAGGAGGUUCGUUCUUUCUGUACUUGUUUCACUCUUCCCUCAAACAUAUGCACAGGUCUUUUUUUCCUUUUCCUUUAUCUUAUGCUGAAGUUUACAGUGGCUUUGUCAAAAAGUGGUAGGGCUGGGGUUGACUAACAAAAGGCACAGAAGUAAAUGUUGCAGGGCUUCAAGAACUUACAAACCAACACACACCUCACUUUUGUGAAUGGGAAAGAGGAAGCCUUGAGACUUCCUGCAAAGGAAAUUAACUGAAAGCCUGUAUUUUCUGCUUUGUGGCUAUAAGAGGAGGGUCUGGAACAUGAACUGUGUGUGAGGUUGAUGUGCAGAAAGUACAAAGGAGCAAUAAUGAGAUGCCACUUCAUGGUAGAGGAGCCGGUCAGCUGAGUGUUGCACAAGGGUGGUAUUUCGGUUUAAUAUGUUUGAGGUCAGGUUUUCACUUAGUUAUGCAAGAACUGGUUUUAUUUACCAUUGAUUUCCCUCCUGUGGAUAAAAUAACUGAGGUCUAGAGGAAUAAACUAAUGCUACUGAACUGUUAAAUUAUUUUGUGUUAAUAUUACACUUUGAGUACCUUUUUUCCACAAGAUCUGUUUCUGAAUUACAGAUGUUUUCUUUACAUUAUUUAACAAUGUACACUGUAAAAAUAAUAAUAAAAUGAAUUCAAACCUUGGGCUUCCCUGGCCGUAGUUAAUGGUAUGUUUUGCACUAAAUCCAGGCAUUGCGCUUCCUGUAUGAUUGCGCUUUGUGCUGCAGUUUGUUACCUUCUUUGUAGAUAUUUAAUGAAAUCAUUCAAAUAAACCAAACCUGCUUUUGAGCUGUGGUUUUUCAUUUUC